AUGGUGGGGCGGAGCCUGGCUCUGGCGACUCUGGUGGCGCUGGCAGGGCUGGGGGUCCAGGGUGUGCAGCUCCACGCCACGCAGACGCACACUGCGCUGGCAGAGCUGGGCGCCGGUGUCUCCGCAGCCAGCCGGGUGGAGGGAGAACUCAACCCAGAAGAAAGGAAGUUGGCCCAUGAGAGGGCGUUCCUGAAGGAUUUCACCGUGGAGUUGGACAUGGUUGCGGCCCGCGAGAAGGGCCUGCACAUGGGGGUGGAUCUGGACACCGACACCGACUUUACGCCGAUCUCGAUCGCGAAGAUUCGCAAGAGCGGUCUCAUCGAGAUGUGGAACACACAGCACCCAGACGAUGUCGUUCUCUUGGGCGACCAGAUCAUGCAGGUCAACGACAUCCUGUGGCACCACAAUUCAAAGACGUUUGCGGAGCGUAUCAAGGGCCAAUUCCAGGCGUCCAAGAAGGGCAUUGAUGGCUCCAAGGAUACGCUCAAGCUAUACAUUUCGCGCCCCAGGAAGCAGAAUGAGGGCCGAACCCAGGCGCAGCGGGACGGCCUGUACCGGACAAAUUACCCGAAGGAUUUCACCGUCGACAUCCCUUUCGUGAGUAACGAGAGUAUGGGUUGGGUGCUGAACUCAACGGCUGACGACUGGGUUCCGCCGGUCAUCGAAAGUAUCAGCAGCACGGGCAUGGUGGCGCUUUGGAACCAGGAGCACCCUGAUGCUGUGCUCUACCCCGGCGAUGAGAUCAUCAUGUCCAACGGCAUCCAGUGGCACCACAACACAAAGGUUUUUAAGAAGCGCAUUGAGACGAUGAUGCGCAGGACUAUUGCAGAAGCGAAUUCAACGGUGGCCAUGUCUUUGCACAUCCAGAGGCCCAAGUCGGUGGCCGAAGUGCUGGACAGCAGGUCGUUCGAAGAAACGUUCGAAGCCAACGUAUCUGACUUCAGGGGGUCCACUGAUAUCGGCUGGGUCCUCCAGAUGAACACUUCGGAUCCCAUCAACAUCACCGAUAUUCCAAGCGGGGGUUUCCUCAGCACCUGGAAUGAGAGGAAUCCGACGCAGAGCCUGGCCGUUGGCGAUCGUAUCCUCAAGGCUGACAGCGUAGAUUGGCAGAGCGACAAGGGUAACUUCGGGAACAGCCUUCUUAAUCUGAUGUUCACGGGGCAUGGCGCCACUCUGCGCGUGCAGCGGAAGACCGAGUUCAAGUACGCCAAGGGCUGGACGGUUGAGAUCCCCGCCCGCGUGGGCUGGCUCCUGGGCCUGCGCAUGGACGCCAGCCACGACGAGUUCCCCGUCACGAUCCAAGCGAUCAAGCCUCUGAGUGCCGUUAGCAUUUUCAACGAGGACAACCCCGACGACGAAUUGAAGCCCGGGGACCAUAUCUUCAUGGUCAACGACUUUCUGUGGCGCAACAACUCGCGCGAGUUCGUGCAGCACCUGGAAAAACAGUUUUCCAAGUGCAAGAAGACGGGGGUCAUGCGCCUGUGGGUCCAGAGGCCCGUGGGUGUUGAGACAGAAUCUGAGUCGUCGGGCUCCAGCCAUCGCUACAUGGAUUACACUGUCGAGCUGAAUGUCUCGUCGCCCCAGGCCAUGGGCUGGAAACUGAACACGACCAGUGAGGGACAAGUCGUCGUCAGCGAGCUUUCAGUGGUGAAGGCAAGCGGGACAACAACUAGCAUCAGCAGCUGGAACGAAAAAAACCCACUGAAGGAGAUCGCGGUCGGCGACUAUGUCAUGCAGGUGGACAACAAUCCCUGGCACAACAACACCGAUAUCUUCAUGAAACACCUCAGCCACCAGCUUGCUGACGCCGCCAGCAGCACUGGCAAGGGUAGCGUCUUGGUACUGAUGCGCAGGCCCUUUGCGACGUCCCCCGUGGUCGAGGGCGACGUGAGCAUGCCCCCCCAGGGAGCCUCCCAGGUCGAAGAUGACGGCGACGUGAUGGGAGCCGGAGAAGACUGA